AUGGAUGCUGCGGCCAGCAGCCCCCUUGGCUGGCUCUGCACACGUGUCACCAGGCUUUUUGGGGUCCCCAUGGCCCAGAGGAGCCCGCUGGGCAAAGCAAAGGUGCUGCUCUGCAGCCUCCUGCCCGCCUUGCUGUGUGUGGCCACGCUGGGGGCUGGCGGGGGGCUGGGGGUGUUUGUGGCCAUGUGCCUGGUGUGCUCCGUGUGCCUGGGGGACAGCGACCUGCUGCCCGUGGGUGACAGAGCCGUGCUCAUCACAGGAAGUGACACUGGGAUUGGACAUGCACUGGCUAAAUACCUGGACAGCUUGGGUUUUGUUGUGUUCGCUGGGGUUUUGAACAAGGAUGGCCCUGGAGCUGAGGAGCUGCGGCGUUCCUGUUCCCAGAGACUCUCAGUCCUGCAGCUGGAUAUCACCAACACCACUCAGGUCAAGGAGGCCUACCUGACAGUCUCAGAGAAGGUGCAAAAUGCAGGGCUCUGGGGUGUCGUGAACAACGCAGGAAUCCUGGGCUUACCUGCUGAUGGGGAGCUACUCCCCAUGAGCACCUACAGGCACUGCAUGGAGGUGAAUUUCUUUGGGGCUGUGGAGGUGUCCAAGACCUUCUUGCCAUUGCUCCGGAAAUCGCAGGGGCGUCUGGUGAACAUAUCCAGCAUGGCAGGAGGCAUUCCACUACCGAGGUACGCUGCGUACGGGGCAUCCAAAGCAGCUCUGUCCAUGUUUUCUGGAGUAAUGAGGCAAGAGCUUUCCAAAUGGGGCAUUAAAGUCAUGGCAAUUCAUCCAUCAGGCUUCAGAACAGGUAUCGAAGGCACAGCAGAGCAGUGGGACAAGCAGGAGAAGGAGCUGAUGGAGAGCCUCUCGGCAGACACCAGGCAGGCCUAUGGAGAGGAAUAUCUCCCGAGGCUGAGGAAUUACCUCCUCCACCUGCCCUCCUACUGUGCCCCCGACCUGUCCCCCGUGCUGGGCUCUGUCCUGCAUGCUCUGCUGGCCAGGAGACCCCAGGGCCUCUACACCCCUGGCAAGGGGGCCUACGUCCUCCUCUGCAUCUUCUGCUGCUUCCCCCUCUGGUUCUACGACUUCUUCAUUAGAAAGGUGCUGAGUGCUGAGUUCCAAGGGAGCUGAGAGCAUCAGGAGAUGAAAACAAGAGCCUCUGAGGUGUCCACUGGCGUUUAUCUCACUGGAUGAGGUAGCUGGGAAGAGCUCUGUACAGACACUGCUGCUUAUUGUGCUGCCUUUGUUAAGUUGCAUUAACAUUAAAUCUUUGUGUUAAGAGUCAUGUUUGGGAAAAGCAGUGGAUAAACAUAAAUAGAAAGGUAUUCCCAGAUGGGACAUUUUUUGAGGAAUUUUAGUGUUUUCCUGUUGUCUUUGUAUCCUGCUUUCUGUGUAAGGUACCUCAUGAAAUUAUAUAGUUCCUGUCUGCUUCUAAAGACAUCACCAACACACAAGAGAUGCAGAAUAUGUUUUGUUAAAGCAAAACAAAAACCCCUAGAGAGUCACCAACCUUAAAUCUUGUAAAAAGUUUAAUAUUUUCCUAUUGUUGAAGAGACUUAAAACUGUGUAAUGCAAGUCUUUUUCUCUAUAACUUCAGCCUAAUAUGUUUGGGGUCUGGUGUUUUUGUUCUGUUGUUGAACCUGAGAAAUGAUUAUCAUUUUCCCCCCAAGUUUUGUAAUGUAUACAUUCAGUUUCAAUGUAUAGUUUUAAAGUUUGUAAUGUGCUCUCUUUGCUAGAAUAAAAAACAUAAAUUGGCUGGGGGUGGGGGAAUGAAUGCAAACAGAUCAAGAUCUUUAUGAAGAAAUGAUAAACAAUUUCCUUCCUACAAUACUAAAAAUAGUCAUAGUGGGUAUAUCAGCUGCUAAUUUAGGUCUGUCUGGGUCAUUCUGUGCAUUGCCUGUAUAUGCCUGUGCUUAUCUAAUUGUUAGUAAACUCUAAUGUCACUUCUGCUUUUUGUACAAUUCCUUACUCAAGUCUGGGUUUACAAAGAAUUCAUGUGAUACCUGAUACCUUCUUGUGUCUCCCUCUGCUUUGGGGGGAGUUUGUGCUCACUUGUCCAAGAUCAGUCAAUCUUCAUGGGGCUUUGCUGGAGUCCAGUGCCCAGCUUCUGAUGGAUUGGGGUCACUCCCCUUCCCUGACUUCAUUCCAGGAGCACCAGGUGCCCUCCCUCCACUCGCCAAUGGCAAGUGGUUGGGCAACUCACCGGUAUUUUUCCUGCCUUUUUGCAUUGUCUGUCACAUCCUUGGGCUUUGAAAGGCUGUGAUACUUUGAAAGAAAUCCUCAUCCCCCCAAGUCCCAUGGUUUGGCCAUGUGUCCUGUCCUUGACAUUUCUUUUCCAGUGAUGAUAAACUGCAAGUGAUCACAUUCUGAGCUUUAAAUGUAGCCACAUUUUUUUUCCUUUCCUUCAUGAGCAACUUCUAACUCUUCUGUCAUAACCCUACUCGUGUGAUGUGCUCUUGCACUCAACUGGACAAAAUCCCUAUUUAAUUUGCAGCUAUGGUAUUUAUUCCUCACUGUCCUAUGUCUGUCACAUCAAUGCCAGGCUCCUGUAGAUGCACAGAGGAUGCUCAGAGGGCUCGGGCCAUCCUUUCAAUCUGUGUUCCAGUGGGGGAACCCUCCUGUCCUGAACACUUUGUCACAAUAGCUGCUUUUGCUACUAAGGUUUAUCACCUGCUGGGUUUGUAUCAGUGCCCUGGUUGCAGAGUUUUGCUUUCCUUGGAGGAAGUGCACUCAGUGUCUUGAACUCAGGAAAUCUGAGACUAUUUCUCUCUCUCUCUUUCCCAAUUUUUUCCUUUAUCUAUUUCCCCUCAUUUUUUAGUAUGUCAACAAAAAUGUGUAAUAAAACAAUAUAAUAUUUAGUAA